AUGGAAGAUAUUGGUUUGUUAGUGAUUGGGCCGAAAUAUUCUCAAAAUAUUUCAACUGUUUUGGCUCAUGCAUCAUCAGUUAUAAGCAGAAAGCUUUACGUCAAAGUGGCGACUGAAUUGGAUCUGUUUGAGAUUUUAUUGCAAGUAUAUCGUAAUGCAUCAACGAUAUGUGAAGGAUUAGAUGUUCGUGUAAUUAUCGAUAAUAAACAAGAAAGAACCUUCGAAAAAGUCAUUUGCGAAGAUGAAUUCAUUGAUUGUAAUCGAAAAAUUCAAAAGCCAUUUGAUGCUGUUGUGCUUGGUGGUACAUUUGAUCGCUUGCACAGUGGUCACAAGGUACUUCUCUCGAAGGCCGUAAUGUUAGCCUCAGAACGUAUAGUAUGUGGUGUUACAACUGGUGAUAUGAUUCGAAGAAAAGUACUGUGGGAACUAAUGGAGCCGUUGGAGAAAAGGCUAGAAGCUAUUCGAGACUUUGUCGAAGAUGUCAGCAACAAUGUUCGCUGCGAGAUGCAUCCAAUUCUUGAUCCAUAUGGCCCAUCAAUUGUUGAUCCUGAUUUGAAAGCAAUUAUUGUCAGCAGUGAAACUGAGAAAGGUGGGCAUGCUGUGAACGAAAGGAGGCGAGAAAAAAAUCUUCCGAUUCUGAAUUUGAUAAAAGUAGAAUUGCUGGAUGGUGAAGACCAAUUGUUGGAUGAAUAUAAGUUAAGUUCAUCCACCCAACGAAGGAAAUUAUUGGGAACAUUUUUGAAGCCGCUGAAGUUCGAUAUAUUACCUCGACCAUUUGUUAUUGGUUUAACUGGUGGCAUAGCAUCUGGGAAAACACACGCUGCUAAUUAUUUAGCUAAAAAUGGAUGUGAGUACUAUACAAGUUCAUUUCUGUUGGUCAUCAACUGCGACAAAUUAGCUCAUGAGCUUUAUCAAAAAGGAACUGCUAUGGCAAGUAGAAUUGCUGCAGAAUUUGGUGACAACGUUGUGCACAAUGGAGUGGUUGAUAGAAGAGCUUUAGGAAGGAUUGUUUUUGCUGAUAAGGCGAAACUCCAGUUAUUAAAUAGUAUCGUCUGGCCAUGUUUAAAAGCCAGAGUUAUUAAAAUUAUUUCACAAAGUGCGGUGGAAUUUAUUGUUGUGGAAGCUGCAGUACUCGUGCAAGCUGGAUGGCACAGCGAUGGCACUAUCCAUCACGUGUGGAGUUGCAUUAUUCCUCCUAACGUUGCUAAAGAACGCAUUAUAGAGCGAGACCAUCUUACACCGAAAGAGGCAGAAGAGCGACUUCAAUCUCAGAUGGAUAAUUUGGAGCUAGUGAAACAGAGUGACGUCGUGAUCUGUUCACUUUGGCAAAAAGAAGAAACAGAAAGGCAAUUACUUUUUGCUCUAUCAACUUUACGUUCUUAUGCUAAUCGGCAUCCUUAG